CCUCCUCCUCCUCCUCCUCCUCCCUAUCCCCCCACCAAAAAGCAAUUCUUUGCCUGCGGCACCACGUGUCUUUACACCUCCUUUUCGUCCAGCGUGUUUUCCCCCGCUUCUUCCCUUCCUCUUCUUGCUCUUCAACUUCUUCAGCUUCUCCAGCUUCUCGUCCGACCCAUUGCUCGCUGCAAACCACCCGCCAAGAUGCCUGAGAUCACAACCCUCCUUUUCGACUGCGACAACACGCUCGUCCUCUCCGAGGAGCUGGCCUUUGAGGCCUGCGCCGGGCUCAUCAAUGAAAUCUGCAAGGAGCGCGGCAUCACCGUGUCCUUCACCGGGGACACGCUGAUCAAGGAGUUUGUCGGCCAAAACUUCCGCGGCAUGCUCACCACGCUGCAGAAGCAGUACGGCAUCGAGAUCUCCCCCAACGACAUGGAAAAGUAUGUCCGCAUGGAGGAGGACGCCGUCAUCGCCAAGCUCAAGGCCGCCGCCAGGCCCUGCGUCGGCGUUGACGAGCAGCUCGAGCGCCUCGCCGCCUCCCGCAAGUACCUGCUCGCCGUCGUGUCCUCGUCGGCUCUGCGCCGCGUCCGCGCUUCCAUUGAAAAGGUCGGCCAGGACAAGUACUUCCCGGGUGACGUCGUCUUCUCCGCCGCCACCAGCCUUGAGAAGCCCACGAGCAAGCCCGACCCCGCCAUCUACCUGCACGCCCUCAAGAAGCUGGGCAAGAAGGCCGAAGAAAGCGUUGCCAUUGAGGACAGCAAGAGCGGCACCCUCAGCGGCACCCGCGCCGGCAUCAAGGUCAUUGGCUACGUCGGCCCCUACCCUGCCGAGAAGCAGGCCGAGAUGGAGCAGGUGCUGCGCGACGCCGGCGCCGUCAUCGUCAUGCGCGACUGGUCCGAGUUCCCGGCGGCCCUGGCCAAGGUACAGGCAGGGGAGGUUUGAAGCCCCCCUUUACUUUGGAGCGAAUCACGCACGGCCUCUUGCUGAGGAACGAACCAGGCACGGCGCCCCGCUGCUCAUAUGUGAACACGAUGGUGGCUAGACGUAUAGAUAGAGAUAUACGAUGAAAUGAAAAUGGAAGCCUUGUCUUAUG